CUUUCAUACAUUUAAAUUUCAUCGUGAUCUUAUUUUAUUUUCGCGUGCAUAGCGCAUAGUUCACGACUUGGCGUGUUUGCCGGCGCGGUAGUAAAGUCAGCGCGUUUGAACUCUCCAGUAACGUUCUGGGCGAGGUGUAUGCGAGCAAUUUCGAGCAAGGCUGCUCGGCCGGGAUUUGAGCAUUCUCCCUUGCACGCUGGUGCGGAAGGAUUCUUGUGCGCACGAUCACAGGGACGAUCGUACCUCGGUUUAGAACUUUAGAUCCUCGCUGCAUCGGUUCUGACGAGGGCAGGGAUCACGAUGCUGUUACUUCUCCGACCGUGCUCUUUGUCUCGCUUCGUUGGCGUCUUCACAGCGUCCCGAAAGCUCUGCAGUGCCGAACCAACGCGCGCCGUACUCGACAAGCACCGGACUCCGACGCAGGGACAGUGGCCCCGAGUGCUCUCCGUGCGCUUGCCGUGCUCGCUCCGGAUCGGUCCCGUCGACGCGAUGGACGCCGACGCCGUCAGCGUGUCGCUCGUCGGUUCGCCGGAGUCGCCGCUCAGGCCCACGCUCAAGCUCGGCCGUGAAGACGACUCGCUGACGCUUAGCAUGUCUGGAGCCGAAAGCAAGGAUCUCGGUGGGCUCUUGUGCUGCGUUCGCCUGCCAGCGAUGCUGAGUGUGGAGGUGCACCUUUCUGGAAAGGCACAAGCGGCUCUGGAAAAUCUCGUUCUGGAUCAGUGCACGGUGACCACCGAGGAUGGAGACAUUGCUUUGAGUUCCAUCAAGACCAACAAGGCAGAACUAUGCACUCUGGAUGGCUGGAUCCGUUCUAAAGGCCUUCUUCAAGGGCACCUGUCUCUUACUUCCAAGGGCUCUGGGGGAUUGGAGGCACAGCGCCUGGUGGGAACUUCUCUCGAGGUCAGCACGAGCUCCGGAGAUCAGACUGUUGCCGCAGCGUACGUGGAGCGAGCUACUAUAGUUUCGGCGGGGGGCAACCUUCGCCUCGGCACCCUUCAUAGCUGCAGUGCGGCACUCAAAACCUCGUCCGGUUCCGUGAGCCUAGGGGGAUUGGACGGAGACUGCUCGGUGUCGACCGACUCUGGUGACAUCCACGUGGUGGUGGCGAGGACUCAGAACCUGGACGUGGACACCAACACAGGGGAUGUCGGCAUGCUGUUGUCUUCUCCUCACCAAGUGUCUGUGGAUGCAGACAGUGUUUCCUCCAGCUUGGAUGCCAGCAUGACUACGGCCGAGCCGUCGGGAGAUGUCGGCCGCAUUGCCAUCCGCAGCCGCGUCGGCACCGUGAGCCUACGCAAGCAAGACUGGGUGUCGUCCCUCAAUUUGGGCGCCCGGGGUUCGAGCUGACAGGGCGAGCACCAGUCAUGAAAACCAUCCUAGAGCACCUCCCGAUGAACCCUCCCACGUUAGAAUCAAAGAAAAAUAAAACGCCAAACAAGGUAAUUCAUGAACGCA